AUGUGCAAACUUGGAGCAAAUCGAGGGGUUGUGAUCGGAUUUUCGGCUGACAUCAUUGUGCCAUGGAACAGGAUUAUCCACAAGUGCACUGGAUGGAUCGUCAAGGACAAGAAGAGGAUAGAAACAGAGGGAAUAUUCAGAAUCAGCGGGUCCGUAGCAAAGAUCCAAGUGCUCGUGGAAAAGAUGCAGAAGGAGAUCUCCUCCUCCAAGAAUCGCGUGGAGCUGGACAAUGAGGACGUGCAUACGGUAGCAGGGGCGAUGAAGCGAACUCUGAUUGACCUGGAGCCUCCCCUCAUCACCCCCAAGAUCUUCGACGACCUGAUCGAGGCCAUCUCCAACUCCGCGAGCAUCACGCAGAUGCUGUCAACCUUCCGGAGGCUGAUCUGCUCACUCUCCGAGACGAGGAUCGAGAUCCUCCGCACCGUACUGCGCUUCCUGCGGGAGGUGGUGAAGCACAAGGUAGAGAACAAGAUGAGCGCUGCGAACCUCUGCAAGGUCUUCGCAGCUUCCAUCCUAAGGCAUCCAGACAGCCUCAAGACAGCGCUGAAUCUCGGCUGCGGGAGGCUGCCAAAGGUCGCCCUUGCGCUCCUGGUCUCGGACUGCAUCUUGGAGUCGACGUUUCACCCGGAGGAGAUGAGGCCUUGCAGGGACGGCGAGCUCGGGGACAUCCUAAGUCACGAGUUCCACAUGUUCGACGAGGUUUCGAGCCCAAAGUUUGAAGCGAGGAGCAAGAGUCCUCCCACCUUCCCUGUGGCGUCCAAGGCGCAGGACGAGUGGGAAGACGUGAAGUCGAAUCGAGCUUCCAGCGAGCCUUCGUCGCCAGGGUUCAAGUUCAACUGGAUGGCACCCUGGCAGGAUGACGUGGCAGACUCAGAAGAGAUUGUACGUCAGCAUGCUGGUAGCUCUAAGAUCAAGGCACGAGAGGGUUCGGAGGACUCUGACGAUUUCGAGGAUGUUGGGGCCAGUCGGGGAGAGUAUGUCUGA